UUUUACUAUGAGCCACCGGCUGUUAUCCAUAUAUUGCGAGUGCGACAAGGUAGAUGCGCUGUUCCAGUAAAGAUGGAAACCAGGACGCCAUGCAGGCACGGACAAGGCUGAAGUCUGCUCGAGCUUGCGCCUCAUCACACCACUGAUUGUCUUGGGCCUGGCUUUUCGCAUCGACUAUUGGCUCCUUUACGCAUGGUUGUACAGGAGGCGGAAGGCUUGGCAGCCUUGUAAUGAGCGAUAUACUAAGGUCGAAAUCGCAUAGUAAAUGAUAUCGUAAACCCAGUUGAGUGACCUAAACAGAAAAAGAGAGUGCCUCCAUGCUAGCAUGACCAGCAGCAGUAACCACACCAUGUCCAGCCUCUUCCACGCACAGCAUGUCGACAGUGCCGCCUUCUCGUGGGCAUCCAUCGGCCUUGCAGUCCUUACGGCAAUCUUCCAAGGUCUCGUAGCUGCACUAGCCUUCAUGACCGAGUCGUCCUCCCAAUGGACCUUUCGUUUCCGUUUGGCGCUGGUUGAGCACUGGUGGUGGACAUUUGUUUCCGUCUUGUUGUUUGUAUCACUCCUCAUGAGCACGAUAGCGUUUACUGCUGGUGGAGGCGGUGACCCUGUGUCCGUGCUAGCCCUGUCUUCUGCGACGUUCUUAGCUAUGGUUCGGUACAUGCUCCCCGCUUGGCAGCAUCGACACUAUACCAAGCUGAGGUGGUACGCUUGGGCUGGUCAAAGCAGGACUGCCGUUCUGAUAAACUCCGCGCCGCUCUGUGGAGAUGCGAGGACGUGGCAGCGCAUCAUCUCUCAGGUCCGUCCAAGGCUUGCUGAACUGCAACCCACUGCGUCUGACUACUAUGGCUGGGCUUUAUGGACUGGCUCGUUGCAGAAGAACGAUCCGACAGACAUUAUCAGAGUGCUGGAACCCAACGACUUCGACACAUUGGAGCUAGAGAGCAACAAGCCUAGAGUCGGCAUCUAUGCUUCGGCAGACCCAGACACAAAGACGGUCUCUUACCUAUGGGGUAGCUCGCAAGGCUUCUUGCCCCGUGUUUCCCGAGCAGUCUCUGCCAUGCCCCUAUCUUUGCUCAAGUCGAGUCCAACGACCUCCGACGGAUAUGAUGGUCGAGGUUUGGCUUUAGCUAUGGGCAUCUUAGGCCGCAACAAAGGGUUGCAACCCUGGAAGCUUGUCUUCAGACAAGAUUCUUCCAUCUCCAGUCUCAUGGAAAAUGCAUCAACCUGGACGCCUAGACCGGCUAAGGUACUCCGGAGCUUCUGCAAACAUACUCUGCAGGCACAAUACGGUGGCCUUGGCGAGCAUUAUGUGAACGCUGCAGUAGAGCUCGCUCUCUUGCUCUCCGACCUUCCGCCGUGGGCCGUGGAGGUCUGGUUGACAUGUGGCCUUGAGCAUCAAUCGCUCGACAUCAACCUUUUCCUAGCUGAGACAGCUCUUCAGGGUGCAACAGACUUGGUGCGAAAGGCUACACUUACAGCGCAUUAUGAAUGCAGCUACGUGUCCAUGAUUCUCUCGCUGAACGCCAUGAACCCAGCCAUGAGGCAUCGACAGAACAGCGGUAUUGUCAAACUACUGCGGCCAGAUCUCACAUGCACUGAGAUGCUCAUGCGGGCCCGUGGCCAGGACACUUCGACUUGGUGGGACAGGAAGGAUACUCAGGCUCUUGUGCAGCGGGAGAUCUCUGCGCUCUCCACGGAUGUCGACUGGAAGGCGCAAGCUGCUCGACUUCUUGGACCCGACGUCCCGUAGAUGCCUAGAAGGCUGACAUUCCAGGCACAAGAGCAUUGGUCGCGUCUAUUUCGCUUGUAAACCAAUAAAAAUGUGAUGUCAGUUAGAAGGCCUGUCGCCGCGUUCUCAGACCUUCCCUCCGAGAGCGUCAAUAAGGCAUUCUAGAUAUGGAGGGCUACCAACCAGGCGUAGUAGUCAUAGCGUCGAUGCGAAAGCGUCUUUGACCGUACGUUCUCCGUCAGAUCUUGCCUACAGGUUGAACAUAAUCAGAGUGCUACCUGGUCGUGUCAUCCUAGAUUGCACCACAAGAGGUUGCGUGGCAAUAACACCUCCAUUGUCGAGAUGGAAAGGACGGGAGGCUUAGAUCUGCCGGUGGCCGCGAAGGAUCGUGGCCCGGCCGCGCCAAGCUUGACGAUUGGCACAUUCCGCCGAACACCGAUGCCGAUCCUUC